AUGUUGGUCACCUCAUCUCAAUCGUCUACACAGCGACCAUUGGGUUUAUCUGUUGAAGAAUUAUUUGCAUUAGAUCGUCAAUAUCGUCGAAUCGAACAACAACAACAUAUAGCACAAUUACAAGCACAAACACGUCUUCAAUCAUCAAAUCUUAAUCGUAUAGCUAGUCGAUCACUUGAUCUUGUUUCAUCACAUCCACUUGCAAAUCUACCUUCACUUGAAAUACAUGGUCAUGGAUAUAUAAAUCGACCACAACCAUCACCACCAUCUAUUCCGAAUUAUUCACGAUCACAUUCAAUAGAUCAUAUGAGAUAUGUACCUCCACCUCCACCACCUCCUAUUAUAAAACAUACAUAUCCACAACGAUCUACAAUAAAUGAUAUCAGACAUCAAUAUUAUCAACCAAAAUUUAGAACUUAUCUACCACAGCCUAUUAUAUCUGCUGGUAAUAUAUCAUCAUCAUCAGGAAAUAGUUUUGUAUAUGAUCCUCCUCCACCAUCAAUUAAUUAUACUGAUAAUCGAGGUUCUUCUAAACUUCGUCGACAACAACCUAUUAAACGUGAAUCAUCACGUCGAAUUGUUGUUCGACCUGUUGUACAACGACGACGUGAACCAUCAUUAAGUUCAUCAUGUGAAUCAUUAGAUGAACGACGUUCAUAUAAUCAUUAUCUUCCAAUUCAAUCAAAUAUUUCUAAUCAAUCUGUACCAUUUACACCAUCAGCUUCAUUAAUAGAAGAUGUGAUUAAUGAUUUAAGUGAAGAAACAAAUAGUUUAGCACGUAAUUUAUCUUAUAAUGACUCAUUAUCUGAUGAUGGUGAUGAAGUAAAUUUAUAUGAAAUGCGUGUACCAAUUGGUAAAACUUAUGAUACAUCAGAUAUAAGUGUACAAUUAGAAGGACUAAAAAUUUUAAUUCAUUGUCAUACAAUUGAACCAACAGAUAAACGUGGAAAUUAUCGUAAACAUCAAUUUAAAACUGAAUUAUUUGUACCUGAUGUUGUUGAUGAUGAAACUAUAGCUGCUUAUUUAACUGAAGAUGGACAAUUAAUUGUUGAAGGAAAAUAUCAUUUAUGGGCAUGGAAAGAAAUUAAAAAAAAGAGACGUAUUGAACAAGAAGAAUUAAAAACUACAUUAUCAUCAACAAAUUCAAAGUUAACAUCGACAAAAGAUAAUGGAGGAGGUUUGGAACAAGACAACAUAUCAUCAUCAUCAUCAUCAUCAUCAUCAUCAUCAUCAUCUACAUUCAACAACAACAGAAUAAUAAAUAAUAAAAUUGAAAAAUUAGAUAAUAAUCGAACUGUGAUUCAUGUUGGUGAAUCAUUAUCAACACAAAAAUGUAAUAAUUCAAAAAAUGUAAACGAUAUUAUUAAUCGUUUUAAUUCAUUGAAAAAUAAUGAUUUAUCAAAUAUAUGGGAUGGACAAUAUUCAUUUAGUAAUGAUUCUCCAUCAAUACUUAUUUAUCAUCUUCGUUUACCAUUUGAAACAUUAACGGAUUCUAUACGUAUUCAAUCGGAUUCACAAUUAAAUAUAUUAAAAAUUUUUAUUGAACAACAAGACAAAAAUGUAUUAGAAGGAGGAGGAGGACAACAACAACAAAAUAAAAUAAUUGUACGUUCAACAUCACGUCUAUGUCGUUUACCACGAGAUCAUACAUAUGAUUAUAAUCGUUUACGUGUUAAUUUUCUUAAUGAUAAUUUUAUUCGCAUUGAAAUACCUACAUUAAAUUGA